UUGCUACUGGCGACUCUUCUUUUUCCUGGUCUCCGCAGACCGGACAACAAUUCAGUUUUCGUCCAAAGAGAAUAAAAGCCCCAGGCGCCAGAGUUUUCAGAAGGAAGACACCGAUAAUUGACAUCCCUGUGAAUUUUCUUCGUCAGGUCUGAACGCAUUCAGCACCAUUAUGACAUCAUCUAUUCAUAGCCUCUCCGAUAAUAGUGAGGCCGAUGAACAACAGAAGCACGCAGAGCCUCAGGUUCAGUCUAAUGUGAUGUCUUAUACUGGUAUUGCAUUGCCAAAUAUGAAUUAUGCAACGUCCACACAACUUGGAGCUGAAAAUGCCGUGGCACAAACACCUUAUCUAUAUUCAGAUCCUUACUAUAGAAGUAUCUUUCCUCCUUAUGAUGCACAGCCUUAUCCAGCCCAACCAAUGGUCCACCAUCAGUUAAUGGGAAUUCAGCAAGCUGGUUUGCCUUUGCCAUCGGAUGCAGUUGAGGUGCCUGUAUUUGUCAAUGCAAAGCAAUAUCAUGGCAUCUUGCGACGUCGACAAUCUCGUGCAAAGGCUGAGUCUAAGCAUAAAGUUGUCAAGUCCCGUAAGUGCUGCUCUGUUUCUGGAAUGGCUAAGCCCUAUUUGCAUGAGUCUCGACAUUUGCAUGCUGUGAGAAGAGUUCGGGGAAAAGGAGGCCGGUUUAAAAAGAAGAGUGAGAACCAGCAGCAGGAGGUUGAAUCAGGUGAGGAAUCACAGGCCAACUUCAAUCUGAAUUCUGACAAAAAAGAUCCUAGUUCCUUGGAAAGUGCCUCCUGAAGAUUUGAGUUUCUGCUUGUGUCCAUAACGGGACACAUAGAAUAGUUGCUGGGGGGGAAAAAAAGCAAGGAUACUGCUGCUUGGUGCCAACUUGUAGUGUUAGUUUCAGUGGUUUAUAGGUCAGAUAGGUUCUGAAAUAUUAGCGUUCCAUGUAAAAAUGAAGCCAUAAGUUUGUAGGGAGUUGCGAAAUUGCUAGAGGUCGUGAAUUUCAGAUGUAUAGAAGUAGUUAAAUUCUCAAGUGAUGGUUCUCCCUUGAGGAAUGUUAGUUGAGUUGCUGUAGAAUUUCUUUUGGAGUUCUAACUUUACAGAAUUUAGAUUUGCAACCCAAUGUUUAGAGUUAUUUAGCGGUAGGAUUAUGAUAUAUUAAGGUUGAUUAUGUGUAGCAUAAUGUGGUUUUGUGUUAUCAUUAUUGUUAAUAUGCACAAUAAUUUAGUCUCCUUGGCCGAAAACUUUUGGUUGAAGAGGAUAUUUUCUCGUGGUUUC